UAAAAUUUUAUCACAAAAUAUUGUUUUAUUUCUUUUAAAUUAAAAGAAAAACCAUUUGUAUGUCGAUAUUUUGAAUUAAAAUAGAAUCCUAAUAACACAAGCAUUUAUAGUAGACAAUUACUUAAAAUGGAAAUCAAUAUAACGUGGAACAUAUGUCGCGUGUGUCUUGUGGAAGAACAAAAGAAACCUCAAGCGAGUGGUGGCGAUGAAUCAAUGCGCCAUCUCUUCAAUGAGGAUAAACAGUUGGCGAAACAUAUUUAUGAGUGUUCUGGCAUAUCGAUGAAACCAAAUGAUAACUUGCCGGAAAAAAUUUGUAAGAAAUGUUUAACCCUGGUUAAAUAUGCUAUAAAUUUUCGGAAAACUUGUCGAUCUUCCGAUACAUAUUUGCAAACCAUAUUACAACGUACCAAAUCAGCUAGUAUAUUAUUUAAACCCGAAAGGCCACCCUCAGUGGAUUUUGAAGAGGAUAAUAUAGCUAAUGAUGCCAUAAUUGAAGAAAUUAAAGAGGGUGGGCUAGCCUCAGAGGAGGAAGCUGAAAAGUCGCAUAUACUGAAACGGCCAGGAACUCCUUUGGAUAAAUCACCAAAGAAGUUAUGCAAUGAUACAAAUUUCCCCGAAAUAAAUAGUAAUACAGACCAUCUAAUAGCUCAUGAUGAUGAAGAAGAACUAGCUGACAAUGAUUUAAAUAAUAUGGUAGAAAUGGAAGAAAUAUUGGAACACUCGGAACCAGCUGAAAAUCAUGACAGUAGUUUGGAUAAAAAUAUAGAUGAACAAGAAGAUGAAGAAAAUGAAGAGAGUCAUAGUCCUGAUGAAAAACUUAAAUCUGCAAAAAUACAAGAUUUCCAAAUGAAUGAAGCUACAGCUGAAGAGGAUGAUUAUUUGGAUGAGAACACUCAAGAAACAGCUAUACAUGAUAUAAAACAAAAUAGUGGAGAAUAUUAUUAUCUUAAGGAUAUUAAAAAUGAAAAUAUAACACAUGAACAAAAUCUAGAAGAUGAUGAUGAUGAACACCACAUAGAAACCGAUGAUCAAGAUGAAAAUAUACAAUUCAUACCCAUAGAAGAAGGGGAAGAUGAGGGGGAAGAAGAUGAAGUCGAAGACCAGCAACUAAUGUUAGACUGUGAAUCCGAUAUGGAAGACAAUCAAGCUCUAGUGAGUUCAACUGUUGUCACCAAGGAGGAGGCAGAAGGCUUUAUAGAGCUACAGGAACAAGAUUCUAAUUUAUCAAAUGCCACAAAUGACUUGCAAACCGAAUAUAUAGUGGAUGAAUAUUUAAUCGAUGACUCCAGCAGUAAUAUAUCUUCACGAAAUUCUAGUGUGGUGGUAGUUAAUUCAAAAAUGACAAAAACUGCUAAACGUUCGGUGGUCACCAAAAAUGUGGAGCAUAAUAAAGCUUCUGCUAGUAGUUCUAGCUCAUCACAGCAGCAAGUAUGGGUUUGUGAUUUAUGCGGCAAUAACUUUGGUAGUCGUCAGCUUAUAAAUGCUCACAUGAAAGUGCAUCGUCAGGAAAAGAAUCAUGAGUGCGAAUUGUGUUUUAAACGCUUUAUAACAGCCUGUAAUUUGCAAGCCCACAUGCGCAUGCAUACCGGCGAAAAACCUUUUGAAUGCCAAUACUGUGGCAGACGUUUUAGUGAUCGCAGCUCGAAUCUGAGGCAUGAAAGAAUUCACACAAAUGAAAAACCAUUUCAAUGUAAUUUAUGUGGUAAAGCCUUUUCAUUGGCUACAACUCUAAAAAAGCAUAUGAAAGUUCAUACUGGAGAACGCUCCUACAGAUGUGAACCUUGUGCGAAAUCAUUUAAACUGCCGCAUCAAUUAAAGGCCCAUAAAAACACUACACUACAUAAAGCUGUAGAACAAUUGGACGUGUUGGCAAAUUAACAAUAAUAUUUUUAAUAACUCAACUUCAUAUUGAGUAUAUGUUAAGUAAGGGAAGAAAAAAUGUCCACUUAAUAGUUUCAAUACAAAUACAAAU